AUCUGCCGUAACUCGUGCUUCCUCAAAUAUUAUGACAAUCGUCAACAAACACUGACCUCUGACGUUGCCCUCUCGGUUCUCCCGUCAGCUGUUUCGACCCGUCACUCCAUCCCAAUAAAAAUAAACUUUAGAAACGUUCGUUGAAAGCAUCACAAUCGGUUUCCCUCGAAAAAUCCGCCAGUGAAUGAAAACAAGUGAGAAAGUCGAAAAUUUCACGUGAUUUCUACUCUGUAAAUUGAAUUGUGAGGCCUUCACCCAGAAAAUCCCUGGAACGAGCGUAAACAAACAUAACCUAGAGGACUCACUACCCGUUCAAUCCAUUCCAAGUAAGCCAGAACCAUUCAGUUCCUUCGAUGUUCCUCAGAUGUUUCUCCCAUUAGCCUCAUUUAUCUCCAGAACCUCUGCAAGAUUCCCAUCCCCCAAACGCUCAGUCAUGUCAGCCCAGAUAUCCCUGGACGAGCGAAUGCUAAAGUCCGUUAGGAGGAUUGUCCCAUCCCUAGGUACCACGAAGUACAAGGGUCAGGAUGGCAGGAUAGGAAUCGUCGGGGGGAGUACGGAGUACACAGGGGCUCCUUUCUUCGCUGGAAUGAGUGCCUUUAGAACAGGCGCCGACCUAGUGCACAUUUUCUGCACAAGAGACGCAGGAGGUCCGAUAAAGUCCUUCAGCCCAGACCCGAUAGUCCACCCAAUUCUGGACCACCAGGACGCGCUAAAGCAGAUAAAACCCUGGUUAGACAGGCUGCACGUGAUCCUGAUAGGUCCAGGUCUGGGUCGUGACGAGAAGAUCUUCAAGACGGUUUCCGAAUUGAUUGGGGUCUGCAGGGACCUCAAGAAGCCCCUGAUAAUCGACGCCGACGGUUUGUUCCUGAUCUCCCAGAGGCCAGAGCUGGUGAAGGACUAUCCGGGGCUCAUCCUGACGCCAAAUGCGAUGGAGUUCAGUCGUCUGAUGAAGGCCUUCCUCGAUCGAACAGUCCAGCCAGCUCCAGUCGUCAAGAUCUCCGAGCUGAAGCACCUGGCGGACGCCAUCGGGAAGAACGUUGUUAUUCUCAAUAAAGGGGCGAAGGACACCAUAGUCGACGGCCACAAGGGGACAGAGGCCAUCUGCUGCUCCAUAUCGGGCUCAGGAAGACGAUGCGGUGGCCAGGGGGAUCUGCUUGCUGGUGCUCUCGCUGUGUUCUGGUGGUGGGCCAUCACUGCUGGCCCCAGUGAAAUGGCCCUCUCUGCUCCCAUGACAGCUGCCUACGCAGCCUCGAGACUAACCAGAGAAUGCAAUGCUGCUGCCUUCAAAGAAAAGGGGAGAAGCAUGCUGACGACUGACAUGAUGGAACAUAUACAGCCUGUCUUCAGCAGGCUCUUUGAACCUCCAAUCAACAACAAGUGAGAUGUUGAUGGUUGAUACGAUUUAUUACUAACUAGUGUUUACUCGGGGUUUCUCAAAGCCAAUGAUUUGGGUUUUUUUUAUCCAAAGUUGGAGGAUAGUCGAUGGAUGGUUGCUGUGAUUCAAUUUGGUUUCGAGACAUUUUCGUGUGGUUUUUUAAUUGAGUGCCAGGUGAAUGCAAUACAGCUGAAAAUAAAUUUUUGGUUGGAUUCGAGGAAUACUUGUGUCCCAUUGUGAUAAUAAUAUUUUUCCUCAGCUAUGAACAUUGCGUCAUUCUUCCCCAAUUUUUAAUUUUUGUUCAACGUGAUGCAACUUUCAAGUUUUUCGUGAUUAUUCAAUGAAUACACGUAUGAAAAAAUCGUGUAGAAAUUUUCUAUACGGAUUGCGUAUAGAAUUUCUGUAGGAUUUUCGCAUAUGAGAUUCGGAUAUUUCUAUAGGGAUAUUUUUUAUGCAAAUGAUUUCUGUACGAUUUCUAUAAGUCUGGUCCUAUACGACCCAUUGUCACAUGUAUAGAAAGAUUUCGUAUGGAGUUGCGAUAUUUCUCUACGUUUUUAUCUGGAGCGUUUAGACGUCUUUCGUAUGAAAACAAAAAUU